UUGGUGUAGCGUUAGCUGGCAUAAGGUUGUAUGAAAAGCUCAUCUCAAAGUCACCAACGGCCCAAACAAGACCAGAGAAAAAAUAAACAACAAAAAAUUUAAAGCAAAUAUUUUUCUCAUUCUUCUUCUUCUGCCAUUAUCUCUCUCUCCCUCAUUGAUUUCAGUUUUGCUACUUUUGAAUUUUGCCCGUGUUGUGCUAUUGGGGGAUUGGAGUUCGAGUUUACGUUUUUUUUUUUUUUGAGUGAGUAAAGCUUGUGUCUUGGUUCUUGGGAAUGGCUGGGAUUUGAAGAAACAACCAAAAAAAGAAAAGAAGUGAUUUUUUUUUUUUUUUUGAAUUUUUGCUGCUGAGAUGAGUGCUUCGAGGUUUAUAAAGUGUGUCACCGUCGGUGAUGGUGCCGUCGGAAAAACAUGUAUGCUGAUUUCUUACACAAGCAACACUUUCCCUACGGACUAUGUUCCAACUGUUUUCGACAACUUCAGUGCUAAUGUGGUUGUAGAUGGGAACACAGUGAAUCUUGGAUUGUGGGAUACAGCCGGUCAAGAAGAUUAUAACAGGUUAAGACCAUUGAGUUACCGUGGUGCAGAUGUCUUCAUUCUUGCAUUCUCGCUUAUUAGCAAGGCUAGCUAUGAGAAUGUAGCCAAGAAGUGGAUUCCUGAGCUUAGGCAUUAUGCCCCUGGUGUUCCUAUUAUCCUUGUUGGAACAAAACUCGAUCUUCGAGAUGACAAGCAGUUCUUCAUAGACCAUCCUGGUGCAGUGCCAAUUACUACAAACCAGGGAGAGGAACUAAAGAAACUGAUAGGAUCUCCAAUCUACAUUGAAUGUAGCUCAAAGACGCAGCAGAAUGUGAAAGCAGUCUUUGACGCAGCGAUCAAAGUGGUGCUUCAGCCACCGAAACAGAAGAAGAAGAAAAAGAACAAGAAUCGUUGCGUCUUCUUGUGAUCAUCGAUUUAGGUAACAAAUGAAGUUGAAGAAGAAAACACCAGCAUCAAAAUGCAGCAACAUUGUAUAGUUGUUGAAUCCGGCUUGUUUCGAACUUUGCACACUUUUUCUUUUGCUGGUGAAUCUAAUGUGUGAAGUGAGGCCAAGGAGAUGAGUUCUUGGUGUGUUGUUGUACUAUUGCUAUGUAGACUAAUCUCUUAAUCCUCUCUCUCUUUUUCUUUUUUUGUCUUUGUUUUUGCUGUUGGGAACCAAUUUGUAUUUUCCGUUAACAGAUGAAUUUAAUUAAUUUUAUAGUGA